GUAAACGUGACAUCGCCUGUCUUGCACGGUGGAUUUAAACUGCUGGAAACACGUCACGCCACCGGCUUUGUUGCGCACGGCAUCUGUGAGACUGCGCCGGCACAGGUGCCUGUAUGGCUUUCUGUCCUUAAAGAGGAAACAGAAUUUACUAAAGAAGCCGGGUGGGUAUGGGGCCGCUAGUGCUGGCAUCUGUGGGGCCUUGGGUUCGAGCCCCGGCACCGCCAGAGGCCGGCAGGACAAAAAGCAGUUUCCAGUUGACAUUUUAAACUGAUGGGCACGUGUGUGAGUCAUGCUCUGGCCAAGCUCACGCUGGCUAGGAGCUUUUAGAGCCAUCUCAGUCCUGGGGACGGGUCGCUCCAGGAUAAGUGAUUGCUACGGUAGACGCCGGCAGCUAAGAGACUCAAAGGGGUGAGAGGGGGAAAAAGAAAAAAGAAAACAUUUAUUUAUUUUCCUGGCCAUGCUCAUGGCUUAUUCCUGGCUCUGAACUCGGGGAUCGCUGCUGGUGGGGCUGGGAUGGCCUUGGUGACAGAGGGCGUCCCUCUGCUCCAGGGACAGAAUCUCGACAGUGCAAGGCAAGGCCCUUAGCCCCAGUCUAGCUUUCUGGCCCCUGGAAAAAGAACAUUUUUGCCAGAUGAAUCGAGUUUAGCAGUUUUAGGCGCUUACCUUUCCUCUCGGGACGCCAAACUUGAUUGGCAUGGUAAGAGUUGGGCAGCUGAGUUUCCACGCCUCUGAGGUACCCCUCCCGGGGCCCCACCAUCAUCACAGGAUCUAAAUUGCCAGGCGCCUGUUUUUCCCUCUGCCCCUUUUCACUGUUGAGCCCCAGCUUGACAGUGCUCUUUCUUUUCUAGUUAGACAUGGGACCCUUAGCUGGGGCUGCUUUGGGGACCAGGAGCACUGUUGCGGAUGGCAUUGACGAGUGAGGUGUGAUGCGGGGCUCAAACCUAGGGUAUCGCCCAUGUAACCCGGGUGCUCGACCCCCUCCACUGCAUGGAAAUGCUGGGAAAGGAAAGACUUGACCAGAGGCCUUUGCUGUGGAACAAACAAAGGGACUGAAAGUCUGAUGUCUUCUUAGCCGGGAAGCUAGGGCAUGUCACGCACCACCUUUGUUGCGGAGUUUUCUGUUGCUGUGUGUUUGGUUUUGGUUUUGGGGCAACACCCGAUGUCUCUGCAUCCAGGAAUCGUUUCUGGUGGACUCGGGGGACCCUGUGGACUUCAAACUCCGGUUGGCCAUGUGCGAAGCAGGCACCUCCCUUCCCACGGUGCAUCAUUCUUUGUUUAACUCGGAGUCUUCCCUCUUGGCUGCUGUUGUGCAGUUAUGCGCAUGUGUGCACACACUGGCUUGGUUGUGGUGGUGACGCAUGGGGUUGUGGGAUUUGCCGGGGGUGACCCUUCUGGUGGCCCUACCUGGUAGGUGUGGUGCCACCCAGGUACCCACUAGGGGGCUCCAUCCUUUCUGGGUGGGGCUCAAAGAGGCCACAGGCUCCCACUGCUGUCCUCCAGAGACCCCACGCGGGGUGUCUGGACAGCAGAGAGCGGACGGGCUGCAUCCCCGCUUGGUGAGAGCACUGGGCCCAAGGGGCCAGCUCUAGCCUCAGGCUUUGAAGGCCCACACUCCACUGCUGAGCGCCUCCAAUUCAAGUCAGAAACUGAGUCCGUCCGUGAUGGUGUCAGUUUGGGAUGAAAAAAAGUAUCUCUCCUGACCCCUCUUUAUCUGGAGCAGUUCACACACACCAGGACACCCUGUGCUCAGAGUGACGAGAAGCAAAGAUAGAGACAGACUCUGGAGAGCAGCAAAGUCAAAGGCGGAGCUUACAUGCACAGGCAAGCCUGUAAGAGUGACGGCAGACCUGGCGAGGGAGACUUUCUGAGGCGCGCGCCCCGCUGCCGACGAUGGACGUGGACGUGAGCGGCGAGUCCCGCGCGCCGCUGGCCGCCCUGCCGCUGCCCGGCGCCGAGGCCAGCCCGCCGGGCCGCGCCGAGGCCGAGAAGCCGCGCUGCUCCAGCACGCCCUGCUCGCCCAUGCGCCGCACGCUGGCCGGCUACCAGAUCCUACACAUGGACGCCAACUACCUGGUGGGCUUCGCCACGGGCGAGGAGCUGCUCAAGCUGGCGCACAAGUGCGCGGCGGGCGACGAGGCCCGGCCCGAGGCGGCGCCCGGGCUGCGUGCCAAGCCCCUGGACGCGCUGGCGCGCUCGUCGCGCCUGGCCAAGGCCCGCGCGCGCCACUUCCAGCCCUACGAGAUCCCCGCGGUGAACGGGCGCCGGCGCCGCCGCAUGCCCAGCUCGGGGGACCGCGCAGCCAAGGCCCUGCCCUGCGAACCCUGCCGCGCCCUGCACGGGCCGCUGCCGCUCUGCCUGCUCAAGGGCAAGCGCGCACACUCCAAGUCCCUGGACUACCUCAACCUGGACAAGAUGCACGCCCGGGAGCCCGCCGACACCGAGGGCCUCCAGGACCAGCUGCAGCACCUCACGCUGCGCGGGGACCGCGUCUUCGCCAGGAGCAGCACCUGAGCGCGCCGGCCCGCUGCACCGCCCCUGCCGUCGGACUGAACCGGACCCGGCCCGCCGCCGCCCGCCACCCGCCGCGCGCACGGUCUGGGGCCGGAGCGGAGUCCCCACCUGUGGGGACCGGCCCCGGCACGCGUCUACAGAGACCCCGAAUGCUGACCGUGGUGUGCGUGUAGCUGCCCAGCCGGGAACGCAGGAGAGAGCGAGGCCAGGCCGGGGCGCCGCGGUCCUCUAGCAUCCCUCCAGCAUCCCUCCGGCAUCCCUCCGGCAUCCCUCCAGCAUCCCUCCGACACCGGCGCUCAGACUGGGAAUGUUACCUGCUCGGUUGUUGCUGGCUUGGCCUGACACGUUAGAAAUUUCUAUCUUCAGUACGCAAGUACUUGUUUGAUCUCUGUAUUUUACUACAAACGUACGUAAUGAUUUGUUUUAUGAAAUUUAGAACCGGAACAUGGCUGAAUUGGACCACUUUUUAUUUUUCAAGAUUGAGUUUAAAUAUUUUAUAACUGGUUUUGCACUGAAAAAAAUUAACAUUUCAGAUGGACGAGAGAGUGCUCUUUCUUCAUUUGCCUCAGUAAUCUUAUUGAGCAAUGGAUUUUUUAUUUCCGCAUGGAAAGGUAUCGAUCUCUACGGCUGUAAAAUAUUUCUUUAUAGCGUUAUUCAAGUGUGUCUUAAUAAAAUUAAAUUUGGGAUACAAAGUAUUUAUUUUCCAUUAGGUGGGGGUGGGGAAAGAAGCUCUUCCAGAACGAGUCCAACUUGAAGUUUUCCUAAGCUGGAAAAAAGUUUCCUCCGUGCUUAUUUUCUAAGUCAAACUUCCUCUGGAUCUUUACAAUGGGAAGGAUUCUUUUUAUUUGUGGGCUAUAGGCAUAAUACUGUUUGCAUCUGAAUGUUCUGUAAAUGAAUGGAACUCCUAAUACGAGGACCUCAUGGUUUCUACUAGUGAAUGCUUAAACUAAGUGUGAAGUGACACCAGUUAGCAUGGCACCGGCUCAUCCCGGUUUUAGUUUUCCGAAGUACAAGGACUCACUGGAAUUCCAGUUUCUAGGAUCAGAGCAGAAGUCUUAAGGGCUUCUGCAGUUUUAAUGGGUUAAUCCUGGAUUACUUAACAAUUUAUGUCAAUUGCACUGGUUUAAUUUGUUGCUAAAGAAAUAAUGCCCUGGCUUUAGUAACAAAUGCAGCUCAACUAUUCUUGAAUAUAUUUUGGAAAAUGAAACAAUGUACGUAUAACUUACCUUUUUGUAAAAGUUUCUAUUUCUUUUUGACUUCUGAAGGUGCAAUUUAUUACUGAAAUGGCAUUUUGGGCAGUGGAGAACUGCUUACUUUAAAUUGUAUUUUGGGCAAUGAAUUCCUUAGGUGGUAGCAGUCUUCCUAUAAAAUUAAGAACAUCUAUUAAUGGGUGGGCCAUUCUGGUCUUUUUCGUCAGCCAGAAUGAAUGGCAAACUAGAGCAUUAGAAAGCCCCAGAACGCUUUGUCAGCACUUGUUAUACUUUCGCCAAGGCACACCACCUAAAGAGGCCUGGGAAAGUUGGCCCAUAGCUUACUGCGUUGUUCAGAUUUUGUGGUGGGCUGAAAUUUUCAGCUGUUGUAUAUUUUAAAGUAAAUUGCACCUUUGUAACAUAUUGUCUUGACAAAUGAUCACUAAGAUUAACUAUAUCUCUACAGUCAUUAGUUUGACAAGAAAUAGAAUCCUGUCAGAUGCCAAAGAGUUGGGAUUUUUACGUUUAAUGAUUAAACACCGUUAUUUAUUGAUGAUUUACCCUGUGGAACUGUAUUAUUUCUAACUGAAAUAAAAGGGUGAUGUAAACACA